CCACCCCAGAUUCAGAGCUCGCACGUUCGCUGUUUUGCUAUUCUCGAUGGGGGAUUGCGUAACCUGCGUGAACUUCUUUUCGUGGUCGCGUGGCGUUUGGUGUAGCUAGUUACGCCGAUGGCGUACGUAAAAUGCGUAGCGACAAAGACUGAGAGCCUGAAACCUAUGGGGAAGAAAUAAAAAAAGACCUCCGAUAUCGUCGCACUCUGUACCUUAAAGACCAAGAUUUUCCAAGAAGCUAACCUUUCCCAGAGAUUUGGAAAAAGAUUCAAGAUCGAGAUUGGCGCUAGUUUACAGGCUAUAAAGACUUGGGCUGCUGGCAGAUUUUCCGUUGGACGGGCUGUAGGCUGGUGUAUAGCGAGGGAACCGCCAUGGCAGUCGGAUCAUUGAGCCCUCACAUCGGGAUAUGAAGAGGAGCUGCGUUCACCCGGACUCGACACAGGAAGACCCGCGAAGCCGCAAUCCGCGCCGGAUCGACAACGGAACGGACUCGGGUUUAUGGAACUCAUCCCGGAAAAAAAUCUUGCAGUAGCUUUUUAGACGGUGGGGGCCAAAGGGAGAGGUCCAGAUUCAUGACUAUUUUAGUCGUCUUCUGAGAACUGUUGAAGGAAAAAUCAGGAAUACGACGAGGAAAUGCUCGCGUGAGGAGGAAACGAAGCGUAGUCGAUCAGGUUAUAUAAAGUAGUGAGAAGAAUCGUGGGAUUAAAAGGGUCUCCUGCUUGUCCUGUGAAUCACUGACUGAUACGAAUUUACUAUCAUCCCUUUUUGGAUGAGAAGCCUCGGAGAACGGACCAGCCCUGUUGUCUAGCAGUUUCCCAGUCGAGAGAAUCAAAAAGGGAUUGGAUCAUGUCGGGUCGGCCCAGGACCACAUCCUUCGCGGAGAGCUGCAAACCAGUGCCGCAGCCCUCAGCUUUCGGCAGCAUGAAAGUCAGCAGAGAUAAAGAUGGAAGCAAGGUAACAACAGUUGUGGCCACCCCAGGCCAAGGCCCUGACCGGCCACAGGAGGUCAGCUACACGGACACUAAGGUCAUCGGCAACGGCUCCUUUGGCGUCGUCUACCAAGCCAAACUCUGCGACUCUGGAGAGCUAGUGGCCAUUAAGAAGGUUCUCCAAGACAAGAGAUUUAAGAACCGUGAGCUGCAGAUUAUGAGGAAGUUGGAUCACUGCAACAUAGUCCGCCUGCGCUACUUCUUCUACUCCAGUGGAGACAAGAAAGACGAGGUGUACCUGAAUCUGGUUCUGGACUACGUUCCAGAGACCGUCUACAGAGUGGCCAGACACUACAGCCGAGCCAAACAGACGCUGCCCAUGGUUUACGUCAAGUUGUACAUGUACCAGCUGUUCAGGAGCCUGGCCUACAUCCAUUCCUUUGGAAUCUGCCACCGGGACAUCAAACCCCAGAACCUCCUGCUUGAUCCAGAGACGGCCGUGCUCAAGCUCUGUGACUUUGGCAGUGCCAAACAGUUGGUCCGUGGAGAGCCAAACGUGUCCUACAUCUGCUCUCGCUACUACCGAGCCCCCGAGCUCAUCUUUGGCGCCACCGACUACACCUCCAGCAUAGAUGUGUGGUCAGCUGGUUGUGUAUUGGCGGAGCUGUUGCUAGGACAACCGAUCUUUCCGGGCGACAGUGGAGUGGACCAGCUGGUUGAAAUCAUCAAGGUUCUGGGCACUCCGACCCGAGAACAGAUCCGCGAGAUGAACCCCAACUACACCGAGUUCAAAUUCCCGCAGAUUAAGGCACACCCUUGGACUAAGGUGAGUCAACAGGUCUUCCGGCCGCGCACACCCGCAGAGGCCAUCGCCUUGUGCUCUCGCCUCCUGGAGUACACGCCCACGGCCCGGCUCACCCCCUUAGAGGCCUGCGCGCACUCGUUCUUCGACGAGCUCCGCGACCCCAACGUCAAACUGCCCAACGGGAGAGAGAAACCGUCGCUCUUCAACUUCACCACCCAGGAGCUGUCUAGUAAUCCGUCUUUGGCCUCCAUACUCAUCCCUGCCCACGCCCGCAACCAGGCUGCUGCCUCCACCCCAACCAACACGUCUGCCACCACAGAUGGCAGCAGCACAGAGCGAGGUCCCAACACCACCACCGCCUCCGCCUCAGCCUCCAACUCCACCUCCUGAGCCGCCAGCCCCGCCCCGGUCUCAACCCCAGCCCAUGGCCUCUCCAUUGCCCCGGCCCAGGGGGUGAGCUCCUCUCAGCUCCGCUCCUGCACUGCUCUCCCCCCACCCCCGUAAGACAGCGGCGCGGCGACGCUGAGGAAGCCCGGGUCCGGCAGCUCAACGACAGCCCCACGCCGCGACUGCAAAACCAAACGUCCCGCCCCCGUACCCCCACCGGUCCCUCCACGCCGCUGUUCGAACCCGUCUCCAUCCCUUCCCCCCGCGGCCUUUCAGCCGGGGAACGGAGCGCGGGGCCCGAGGCGUCUGCGACUGCGCUACCGCUACAAGAACACUGUACAUGUAUACACAACGCUAGCCUGCUAAUGUUUGUAAGAGGACAAUCUGUAGAAAAGUCCUUUCGCUGUUCCCCCUCCAUGUGCCCAACCAUUUUUUUCCCUGCAUCUCCUGAACCCCCCUCCUCCUCCCUUGGUUCCUCCUGUAGUGCAUGACCUGAGUACAGUAGGAUGGGGGGGUCGUCACGCAGUCACCUCUCACUUCUGCAGACAAAGGCAUGAGGCUCGUGUAAUGACGCGCAGAGACGCACACAUCCUCACACACAUGGAUGCAUGUUGACCCCCGCCCCCCCACAUUUGCAGAACGGAGCAGUCCAUUCGGGGGGGUGGGGGGUAAUGUUUAGACAUUUUUGCUUUUAAAUGCGAGAUUUUAUUUUCUGUUUUGUACUCCUGGGCAGACGGGAUGGAUGGGACAUGAAUCUGGUCCUGUGUGCUGCUGGGAUCAACCGCGUCCACCGUUUAUAUAUUACUUAUGUAUAAAAAGUAUAUAUAGAUAUAUGUAUAUUAACUACAGCAGUUCAGAAUCCUUUACGGUGAGCUCAUGUUCGACAGAGCUGGUAGCAAUAUUUGCUACCAGCUACAGACAAACAGAUUCGGGUAGAGUUCCCCUUUUCCUUGAGUGUGUUUAGGCUCCGCCCACCUCCUCUCUGGUGUUGUAGUUUAGGGCAUCGCUCUAGACCCGUUUCCUCAACUCGUGGAAGAAACCCGUCGUGACCACUGACUGAAGUGUCGGCCCACUCGCAGCACACAGAGCCGCUCGGUAUCGACCGUCUCCGCCCCCAGAGAAUACUCACUACGUAAAAAAAAAAAAAAAAUCUGAAUUUGUAAAUACAGUUUAAAUGCUCCGCACCAAAAUUCUGACUUGUUGUUUUUUUUUUUUUUAUGUUGUGUUGAAAGGUGUGUGUAUAUACGCAGACCCAUGUACUGUUUAUGAGCAAAAACAAAGACGAUUGAAGGUGGGAAUGAAAACGAGAAAAUAAAAAAAAAAACAACCAAUCAGUCAAGAACUGAUGAGGUUUAUGGAUAUAGUAGAUCAGCUUUAUCCAGCCAUAUGUUCAAUCUUACCUGUACAGUACAGUAGAGGACAGCUGUAUUAUUGUAACAAGAACUAGUCAUAUGUAUAGUGUAACUAUAGUUUGGAGUGCCUUUGCUUUCAUACACCUUCGCCUUGUCUCCUCCCACCAUGACCCCGCCCCCACCAUGUGGUGACUCUCCUCUUGGUGCUGUUGAAUGUCCUGCUACGACCCCCCCAUCCCCGCCUCCUCCCCGUUUCCAUUGCACAGUUAAUGUAAGAUACAUACAUUGUUAAUUGUAAGGAUAUUUUCUGAAGAUACACUAGACAGGUGUUUUAUUUUGAUAGAUGUUUUACCUUUGGACGCACGUCUGGACCUGGACGACGAGCGCUCGCUCGCUCACUCGGCUUGUGGGUAGCAGCAGAUGGCGGGGAGGCCGUAAAGCUCUCUUGAACUGUAAAUGUGUCACCCGGUAGAGUUUCUGUCACUGGUCGGGUUACCAAAGCCAAACUCUGAUGUAGUGAUGAGGCGUCCUCAGAGGCAAUAACUCUCCUCCUCCUCCUCCUCCUCUCUGUCUGGAUAUUUUCUUUUGUUUCUCCCCUCGAGCUGCAGAUUUAGGGGGGGAAGUGAAUUCAGUAGCACCUAAGGGGCUAAGUCCUGUAGCUUUUCUUUCUUUCUUUUUUUUUUUUUUCUCUCUCGCGUCUCCUGCUUGCUGUAAUUUUGCGAACAUGAACUCGUUGCUACCCCGCACCGGAAGUUUUGACCACUUCAACCUCCUCCGGAUGUCCACGUUCAAUAAAAAGGCCUGAAUGGUAACCAAAAAACAGAAAAGAGUUGAGUAUAAACGCUAGUGGGUUUACACACUAGCAGAUGUGUUAGCUGAACAUGCUAACUGGAUUCAGUAUGUGUGGGGGGGUGGGGGGUAAAGAAAGGAACGUUUUAAGAAAAAUAUGACAUCCUGUAUAACAGUACUACUACUUGAAUGCCUCCGUUUGUGACUGAAAUUUUAAUUUUAUUUGUUAAUUUUUUUCUUUGUUUUAUUCUGUGAAGGUAUGCUCAAUGUGCGCCUCUGUAAAUAUUCCCUCUGCGUGCUCCGAGGAAUAGUUCCCUGGUACUGUAAUUUGCAUUAAAUAAAGAGUAGGAUAGCCUGGAAAUAAUCAA